AUUGGUGUCAUGUCAUUAUCUUCAAUAUUGGUGGCUGGUGCUACUGAGGUCGCUCACUGCGAAAUCCCGUUACUCACUUUCUUUCUUUUAACAAAGCCCUAGAGAAUUGUUAACGACUGUGAAAAACGAUUCGCGGCCAAACUAAUAUCUUGCGCGUUGAGCCACCUGGAAGCUACUUCGAACGCGGAGUGCAGUGACACCAAUUUCGAUUUGUGUUCAUAAUCAUAUUUUAUUGAUUAUAUUUUAAUAACCUUGUUGUGCAACACAUUGUUUUUAUGCUGUUUAUUUAUUAGUACUUCGUUUAACUGGCGAAAAAGAGGGGACAUUUUUGUGUGGAAGACUCAAUCAAGAGUGAGCCGUGUCUUGGGGCAAUAGCAACCCGGGCACUACGGUGGCCCCAGACACCCCCGCGCCAGCGCCCCAGCCGCCGGAUGUGGUAGCAGGGGUGCUGGAGAUGCCGGGUGCGGACAGCGUGCGCUUCAGCGGGCACACGCUGGACAAGGCCACCAAGGCCAAGAUGACGCUGGAGAACUUCUACGCGAACCUCAUCACGCAGCACCUGGAGCGGCAGCAGCGCCUGCACAAGCUGGAGGAGUCGCUCAAGGACGAGGCGCUGACGGAGGCGCAGCGGGCAGAGCAACGCCAGCUGCACGCACAGAAGGAGACGGAGUUUCUCCGGCUCAAGCGCUCGCGCCUCGGCGUCGACGACUUCGAGCCGCUCAAGGUCAUCGGGCGCGGCGCCUUCGGGGAAGUGCGCCUCGUGCAGAAGAAAGACACGGGCCACGUGUACGCCAUGAAGAUCCUCCGCAAGGCCGACAUGCUCGAGAAGGAGCAAGUGGCGCACGUGCGCGCCGAACGCGACGUGCUCGUCGAGGCCGACCACCAGUGGGUGGUGAAGAUGUACUACAGCUUCCAGGACCCCAUGAACCUGUACCUCAUCAUGGAGUUCCUGCCCGGCGGAGACAUGAUGACGCUGCUCAUGAAGAAGGACACGCUCAGCGAGGAAUGCGCGCAGUUCUACGUGGCGGAGACCGCGCUGGCCAUCGACAGCAUACACCGGCUGGGCUUCAUCCACAGGGACAUCAAGCCCGACAACCUGCUGCUGGACGCGCGCGGCCACAUCAAGCUGAGCGACUUCGGGCUGUGCACGGGACUCAAGAAGAGCCACCGCACGGACUUCUACCGCGACCUGUCGCGCGCCACGCCCUCCGACUUCGGCUUCUUCUCUUCAGCGACGGCGUCCUCGGCGCUGGACUCGAAGCGGCGCGCCGAGUCGUGGAAACGGAACCGGCGCGCGCUGGCGUACUCCACCGUGGGCACGCCCGACUACAUCGCGCCCGAGGUGUUCCUGCAGACCGGCUACGGCCCGCAGGCCGACUGGUGGAGCCUCGGCGUCAUCAUGUACGAGAUGCUGAUCGGCUACCCGCCGUUCUGCUCGGAGUCGCCGCAAGAGACAUACCGCAAGGUGAUGUCGUGGCGCGAGUCGCUCACCUUCCCGCCCGAGAUCCCCAUCAGCGAGGAGGCGCGCGAGACCAUCCUGCGCUUCUGCUCCGAGCCCGACCGCCGGCUGGGCUCGCAGCGCGGCAUCGAGGACGUGAAGUCGGUGGGCUUCUUCCGCGGCGUGGACUGGAGCCACGUGCGCGAGCGCCCCGCCGCCAUCUGCGUCGACGUGCGCUCCAUCGACGACACGUCCAACUUCGACGACUUCCCCGACGUCAAGCUCGAGAUACCGUCGGCUCCCAUCUCCACCGAGGGUGAGGUGGCGUACAAGGACUGGGUGUUCAUCAACUACACGUUCAAGCGCUUCGAGGGGCUAACGCAGCGCGGCACACCCAACAAGAAGUGAGCGCCGCCGCCGCCGUCGCCGCCCGCCGCGCAGCCCGCCCCGCCGCCCGCCCCGCCGCCCGCCCCGCCGCCCGCCGCGCCGCCCGCCGCGCCGCCCGCCGCGCGCGUGUGCUGCGCGCUGCUGUAGCGGGCGCGGGCCGCGACACGUACACGUACCCGCCGCGCCGCCGCGCGCCGCGCGCAGCGCGCCGUGUGCCGUGCGUCGUGCGUCGUGCGCCAUGCGUCGUGCGCACUGACGCAAUUAAAGUUAGCCGCGAACGUCGCCUCGAUACUGUAUGCUUUAUAUUUUGUUUAUUUAUUAUUCCGUUUUAUUUUCGUUCUUUUUUGUUUUUUUAUUUUACUCGCGUGACAAAUUUACAUACAUGAUUAGAACUAUGCAUUUAAAAUAUAUUUUUGAAAAAGGAUAACAUUAAAAUAUAUAGAUAUUCUAUCAAGACUAGGUAUAUUUUUAGAUGAUCUACACGAAAGAUAUUACAGAGUUUACGGUAUAGGUGUUCCUCAAUCGGAGUGUUGGCGCGCGGUGAUUAGCGAGCGCGUUAUCAACUGAGUCGUAGGACCAUCAAUCAUUUCGCUAUGUGUGUCUGUCUAUUGACGUUCAUGGCCUACUAAUCAGCUAAUUAGUUGGCUGAAUAGUCAGCCCGUUAUGAACUGAGUCGUAAGGCCGUAAGUGUCAAUAGAUAGAUCAUAUCACUAUUGAUAACUCGCUUACUAUACAUAUAUAAUGUUAUGUACUGAUUCGUUUUUCUGGUACAUAACAUGAUAGCAGUGCAUAACAUGAUAGGUGACGGCGGAAUACAAAUUUAUGGAACAUUAAAGUGAAUGUGAUUAUUAUAAUUCUUCGAAUUAAGACUAAGGAAAAUAGUGAAUCUUUUUCUAUAAAGUUUAAUUACGAACCAGCAGCUUAAGUUACAAACACAGAACGCUAAAUUAAAAUCUAUCGCACUUUCUAUCAAAAUUACCUUAGGCUAAAUAUUAUUUAAAUUAAAUAAAAAUUUAUUGAUUUACAAUUUAUUGUAAUUUAUUUAUGUAUUAUACUCCUUUGACCGAGUAUAUUUAUAAAGAUAAUUUGUUAAUAUGAUUCUAAUAGUAGUUUUAUUUUAAACAGUGAGACUAACAAUUGUGACGCUUACACUUAACUCACACCGCUAACACUUCGAUGAAAUGCGUCAUCGAGUUACCAUACCGCCCAAUUGCACUAACAAUAACUAAUUAUAUUAUUAUUAUUAUGCAUGAAUUUAACUCUCACGCCCGGUACAAAAUAAUUAUGUAUAAAGAAACCAAAAGGAAAAUAAAUAAUAAUAAUUAUUAAUAAAUAAUAAUUAUUAAGGGAAAAUUAAAAAACACACAAAAAAUCACCAAGUAUCACAAUAAAUAAAUGUUUAGUUGUAACUUUUUAACAAGAUUUAAAAUACUUCUCAAUUAAAGAAUAAUUAUAGAUUAGGAGUGUGAUUCGACGCCGAACAGUCGAUGGUUGACGUAUAAAUAAGAUUAGUGUGUCUACAACACAUUCUCUCCCAUUACGUCAUCAUUAGUUAGCGUCCUCUUGGCUCUAGAAUCAGUAUAGAACUGCAUGAUGGACCAGGCUUGCAAGACAAUAGAGAAUGAUUCAGAACGAAUUUUUACAAGCCGCACAGUGAAGCCGGUGAAACCCAUAAAAAACAAACGUCACGCGUGCGUCUCCUUGACACCCGCAUAAUGCUAUAUACUGUAAACAAACUUUUUUCAUAAUUUGUAUGUAUUUCACUAACAACAAUUACGUAAAUUAAUAUCACAAUAUACUAAUAAUAAUCAAUAACUACAUACAAAAAAUACUCCUAUCUUCUCUUUUAAGUUUUUGUGAAAAUUUUUCAAAAUAUUGAAAAUAUAAGACGUAAUUUUUCUUCAAUAAUAUUGAAAAUUACUGACGCGACGCUUUGUGUGGUUCUGACUCGCCAAUGUAUUAGUUUUUGAAUUUGUAGUUGAACUGGCUGCAUCACUACCAUGUCCCGUGUGCUCUAUUUGCCUAUUAUUCUUUAAUCUGUGGCUUGCAAUCAUCUAUACGUAUUAUAAAACACAGUCCUCCGCCGCACCAGUCGGUCAUCUCUCUGACACACGCGGUGGAGGACUCUGCGUUAUAAUAAUUCACAAUAUAUGCACUCAAAAUCUGAACUGAAAGGAUUUUCUUGCCAUUUUCACCAAUAGAUAGUUUGAUUCACAAUACGUAUGUUAUUAUCACGGUUGUUAGAUAGGGGAACAAAUAAUCCAUUGUUAUUCAUAGACUUCUCUAGAUGCCAUUUUUAUCACUAAGAAAGAAGAACUAAGAAGUAAUGCAUAGCUUGAAAAAAGAUGCUAAUCAUUUCGUGGAGUCUAUGUCAGUAGAUAAAUCAAAACUUUUCAACCAAGCUCACGGAGUUUUUUCGAGUCACUAUACAACCUGUGCCCUAGCGUCGUCUUGAUAAGAAACGGCACUUCUUCUGUGAGGACUACGUCGUAUGUGACCCAUUUCUCGAUUUCUGUCUAUUUAAUUCCGUUUGACCAAUACUUGGAAAAUUUAUUCGACCCAUCAUUUUUUUUGACCCAAGCAUUAAGCCUUGUUUUUUGAUCAAGUCUUGUAAAAAUGGUUUAAAACUGUUUCAUAAUCAAUUUUUAGCUCUUGCGAACUACGACUACUAGUAUGCCAGUCUUCUUUUAUAUCGGUGAUUUAUCGACAUUUUUGAUGAAUGGAUUGCUUGAGCGGUGUGCAUCUUUAACAUCAAAAAUAUUUGAACGGAAUUGACGAAACCAAAAUUUGACGUCAUCAUCAACUGUAUCGAACCCGUAAACGUAUAUUCAAAAUUUCAGCAGUUUGGUUUAAAAAUUCACCUUAGACAAAGAAAUACUGUAAAAGGGUAAAACUUCUCUUUUUGACUUCAAAAAUUAAUUUAAUCAAAAAAAAAGUUAGCUAAAUAUGUUUUUAUUUUGCAAAGAGCAUAAAUAAUAAAUAUGAUAAUCAUUGAUUGACAUUGAUACGCUGUAAUGAUCAAUACAUGAUAUCGAUCAUUACACCCAUCUACCGACAAAUGGAUUACUUUUUCCCCUACGAUACUAUGAAAUAGUCAAAUGGCCUAGGAGCUUUCAUUGACAACACUGCUUUUUCUUUCGGGGUAUAAAUAGUAAAUCUUUUUAUAUGAAUAGUAAAAUCCUUCAAGGGUAGCUUACAAAACCCAUUCAAUCCUCAGUCGCCAACAAUCAAAGUUUACAUUGACGAUCUCGCGGACGAAGUCGCGCGUGUCCGCUAGUCAUUAUAUCAUUUUUCAUCACACUUUUGUGUUAUACCACAUCACAUGUCGCCAACUAAUUAGGAUAAAUUAUUGAAAUCGCAACGUAAGUACAUGUAGUACUAUUAAAUGUAAAGAGUAUAAAAAAACUAACGCAAAAUUUUAAUUAAGCCGUAUACAGUUUUCAGUCUUUAGGUUUAAUUUUUUGUGACCUUUGAUUUGAAAUAUUAACUACGAAAGAAGAAAUCCUUAAAUAACUCAUUGUCAUAUCGUAGAACGCUACUAGCUUCAUUUUUACUAACUUUAACUUUCUUAAUUGCCAAAUUGUUAAUUUUCAGGGUACUUUCAAAAGAUGGUGGUGCAUUCAAAUCUUGUGUUAAUUAAAAUAUCAGGCCUUAUUGGCCAUAGUAGGUUUUAAACUGGCUAUCCCACAGAUUGAAUACCAUACUCACCAGGGGCUAGUUCACAUUCUGUUCAUCUUUAAAUCAUAGAAUGUGCCAAUUCUUCAGUUUGCUUAUCAAAAUUCUAUUGGUGAAUGCAGUAGCUUGUUUCCUUUAUUCUUAAACCCAAGUAUAAUGCCAUAGUUCUUUUAGGGGUUAGUAAUACUUCAUAUUCAAUGUAUAUUGUGGUCAUACGAGUCACACUAGCGUCUUAUACAAACUGCGUCCAUUGCCGAGUCACCUUAGGGCGACGCCUCAUUAGUGCGUUGCGUUGCUUUGUCGCAACGGAUCACCGCAAUGGGUUGCGAUGACAUACGACGUCUUACUGCAAGUGGGUGACGCACGAACCCAGUCAACAGUAGUUUUACAAAAUUCCCUGCACGUUUCAUAACGUAUACCUACAUUUUAAUAUAAAAAAAAUUACAUUAUUAAUUUUGCGUGAACAAUUCUGUAAACAACAUAUGUCACUAUUUAUUCUUUAAGACACUGCUGUGUGAAUCAAAUCUUAGGCUCGCUAAAACCGGACGGACACGAAUGAUUCUUCUUCUUAAUCGUACACUUUUGACAGAGUGGUCGUGGUUGCAGCGAUGAGCGACGCCUUCUGUGCAAUGCUCCUCCACUUUUGGCGAUUGACUGCAUUUUGAGUACACUCCGCCAAAGAUGACUGUGUAGCAGCCUUAACUAAAUCCGUCCCGCGGGUUGGAGAUCGGCCUUCUGGAUCUUUUGUCUUGGACUUGCCCUUGCACUACCAACCGCUCUAUUGAAUCAAGAUUUCUAGAGAUGUGGCCAAAGAACUUUAAGACCCGUAAAAGCACAGUCGACGAAAGUCUUUCUUUUAUCUCUAGUUCAUUGAAAUUGGAAAUGUUGGUUCUGAAUUCUGUCCAAGGAAUCCUCAACAAACGUCUCCAACAUCACAUCUCCAGGGCAUCGAUCUUGCGACGGUCUUGGAGACGCAAGGACCACGUUUCCGCACCGUAGAGAAAGAUUGGAAAGACAAGACACCUCAUAAGUCGAACCUUGGUGGUUUGGUGAUUCUCCUAUCUUUCCAAAUCUUGCUAAGUUUGUCCACUGCCGAUCUAGCAAUGGCACAACGUCUCCGGAUUUCAAUCUCACAACCCAGAUAGAUGUAGGUUGGAACAACCUCACAGUUCGCUAUUUUGUCAAUGUCUGUUCUGAUUGGCGCGGUCCACAAUCAUUAUUUUGGUCUCCUCUCUGUUAAUGGCAAGUCACACCAAUGAUAUUGAGGCCUUAUUGAUUAUCAUGUCGCGAUUUCGAACUUCGAACGUUUCGUUGUCCGAGCUCUUUGUGACAGAUCUCGAUCGGGGAAAAGCAAAGCAUCUGUUGCCAAGCAAAUGUCGGUGUGUUUCGGUCUGAAAGGCGUGGCUGUGCAAGUAACUUCAACACAUGUGCCUCAGGUUGAAGGGUGCAAGACGCAUUGUAAGUACCUGGCCACGGCGAAUGUGGUCAGGUAGUAAGACGUGUUUUUUACAUUGCAAACCUGCAAAGUUUCUCCUUUUACCAUCUGAUUGUACCGUCAAUUAUAGCGAUGCGUUGCAUUGCGUCGUCGCAGCGGGUCAAUGUUGUAUGUGAGUGGCGAUGCAAUGACGCACGACGUCUUAGUGCAAGAAUGAUCCACGCAGCCAGUCCGUCUCAACAAUGCAUACAAAUGUCCACUGUCCGUCGUUCGUUAAAACGUCGCCUGCGACGACGCAACGCUUUAUGUGGCAUGCCAUUUAAAAUAUAUGAAAAACGACGCAGCAAGGACGCUGCGACGAGGCAACGUUACGUAAUGCGGUAACGUUACUAAUGAGGUAUCGUUCCAAUUGCUAUAAAAAGGCGCUGGCAACGACCAAUAACGUAUUUUCCCCCUUUCCCGGCUCGCCCCGCCCUCGUCUGCAUCACAACUUGCAUUAUGCGUUAUUUAAGAUCUCGCCAAAUCACAGGAAGCUGUAAGUAUUAAAAGAAAAAUCGACAUCACAAAUAAAGUAAUUUUGUAUAAAUGACAUUUAUGUCAAGAGUGGAGAUUCCCCAUAUAUAUCUAUUUCAAAUUGAUUAUAAAAGGAUAAUGUAUUAUUUAAUAAACGUAACAUGAAAAAGGAUAUAACAAAUGGGCAAUCGUUUACUAUUCAUGGAUGAUCAGACAGUUAUAUUAUAGAAUAAUUUGCCAUUAAAACAAUGUAUAAGUGUAAAGCUUGAAAAUUAUAUGUUUAUGAUACCGUAAUAUAUGUGUACGUAUUAUAAUACUGGCGGACGCCCGCGACUUCGUCCGCGUGAAAUUCGAUGUAAACAACCCCUGUUGCACCCCCUAUUAAUAUUUUCGCAUGUUUUUUAAAUAUAAUAAGUAAGUCCACACAUUUAUUUACAAAAAUAUUCAAAAUAUGCAAAAUAAAUAAUGAAGAACUUUCCAUACAAAUUUACAACCCCAAUUUAACCCUCUUCUCAGUUUAUUUUCGCAAUAAAAAGUAUCCUAUAAUCUACUUCGAAAUAUGGUCUCAAACCGUGCCAAGUUUUAUUUAUAUUCAUUGAGUAGUUUCAGCGUGAUGCCCGGUCCACAAAACAGACAGUUACAGUUUUGUUAUAAGUAUACAUUUAAUAAAAUAAUGCUUCGAUGAAAUCGGGUAUUGCUCUCACUUCCACAUAACGUAUGUUAAUACAUUGAAUUAUCUGGUUUUUGAUUGAAAUCAAUGUAACUAUACUUGGUUUAGAAUUAACUAAUCGGUUUUAGUUAUAUUAUUUAAUUAGGCGAAUUAAGAAAGGCUAGUAAGUUUUUCCUUACCGAUAAUAUGUGUCAGAAUCAGGAACCGCGCUGCAAUCGGGUAAGGACGAUGCCUCAUUAGCGCGUUGCGUUGCGUCGUCACACCUGCGUUACGCUGACGCAUGACGUCGCAGCGCAAGAGAACGACGCACGCAGCCAGUCAGUCUCAACAAUGUAUACAAUGAGCACUGUUUGUCGUUCGUUGAAACAUCGCCUGCGUCGAGGCAACGUGCUAAUGGGGCAUCGCUCUAAAUCUGCCUGUAAACUAACAACACGUCGAUUGUUAUACAAUACACGAACUAUUUUCUAACGAAAUCAAAUGUCAUUAAAUAAUCGCAACUAGCCCGUUGCUAUCACGUGUUUGAAUAUUUUUACAAUUUACAUAUUUUACAUUAAUUUAUUAUGAUGUAAAUUCUAAAAUACAUUUUACAUAUUUUAGGUUAGCGUAAAGUAUAACGGCUGUAGCUAUUGUGACCCGACUCUGUGUGUGUGUGUUAACUCUUUCGUGUUAGUUGUGUGUCUGUGUGAGAUAGAGCACACUAGAGCAGGUGCUGGCUACAGUUCGAUUGUAUGGACAACAUUUCUUUGCUGGCUAUAAAUCGUAUAACACCGCCUAGUGAUGUGAACAGCGAUCGUGUCGAUAACUUUGACGAAUAAAUAUUGUUGUAUUGGCAAACAUUUUUGUGUUUGGGCGAGAUUUAUACGCUGCACUUCGCCCUGUUAAUAUAAGUAAAUAUCGAUAUAGGUAUUCACCUGUAUGUUAUACAUAAGGUAUGGCUACAGUGAGGUUUUGUCCAGAGCAAAGGCGCGGCGAAGCGCAUAAACGCUGAACUACUGUCGCGAACUACAGUCAGUCGAGAUAACAAUUUGCCCCUUGUCGUGAGUGGCGCGGCGAUGCGACGAUGGUUCAGCGCGCCAACGUCUCGGUGUAUAUACAGCGUUAGGAAUUAAGUUAAGGCAUAUAUAGUAUUAAAAUGUGAUGAUAAAAUGCACUCAUUACUACUUGUUCACCGCUUCAGUGCGCCAGAGUCGCCUCACCGCGAGCGAUCGGCCACAUUUUCGAUUGAAUUUAUAGCUAAUUGCUUUGUUGUUGUUAUAUAGAAUUAAAUGAGUAUUUAAUUUCUUAAAUUAUUGUAAGCCUUUUUUCACAUAAUAUUUUGUUUACUGAUAAAUAUAAUUUCUUCCAUGCAAAUUAAGAAAAUGGCAAUACAAAUAAAGCUAUAUGACAUU